CCGUGCAAGUGGGACCUUGCCCCCGGUUUCCAGCAGGUGAAGCUCCCCACCAAUUGACUGGAGUCAUGGUUCAGAGGGCUCACAAUGGCGCUGACUAGGAUAGGUCGCAGUCUUCUAGUGCGCGCAGAGACGGGGCUAGCGCCUCUGUUUGUUCGCCGGGUGACAGUGCAGGCAGAGACUUCCACCGAUGGCGGCAGCGCCGGGGACGCCAUGCUGCCGGUGGGAAUCAUGAAGGGGGAAAUUGGUGAAGUAUCCGGUGUGCCGAUGGAGCACUUGAGGAGGAGGGUGGUGAUAUUCCAGCCGGCGAAAGUCGUCACUCAAUCUGGAUCGUCCAAGUGGAACAAGUGGGGGAUCACCUUUCUCUCAACGAAGAAGUGGGAGAACCCGUUGAUGGGAUGGACGUCUACAUCGGACCCAUUGGCGAAUGUGGGGGAGGCCGGGUUAUCCUCUGACAGCAAGGAGUCCGCCAUGCAAUUUGCAGAGAAACAUGGAUGGGAUUUCGAGGUCCAGGAGCCAGUGAAGACACCCAAGUCCUAUGCCGAGAAUUUCAAGUGGAGGGGUCCUGUACCGCAGAAUUGAGCGGAACGUCGCGCAGGCAAAUCUGAUGCCUGCAUGUUUGUGUAAAUCCAUAAACCUGUUAGAAUGAUGCCUAUUGUAGU